AUGGAAGGAGAGAUAGAGAGGGAAUCGCUCAUAACUGAGGCUAACAAUGCACCUGUUACUGCUCAGAGAAGGGUCAGGGAUGACUUGGAAACUUCUCUUCCCAAGCCAUACAUGCCCAGAGCACUGACAGCUCCUGAUACAAGUCACCCACAUGGUACUCCACAACAUAGGCACCACAACUUGACUGUUCUUCAGCAGCAUUGUGCUUUUUUUGAUCGAGAUGACAAUGGAAUUGUUUACCCUUGGGAAACUUACAUGGGGCUGCGAGCAGUUGGAUUUAACAUCUUUGCCUCUUUUCUCAUGGCAGUUUGCGUCAAUUUGGCUAUGAGUUAUCCUACUCAGCCUAGUUGGAUUCCUUCUCUUUUGUUUCCGAUAUAUAUACACAACAUACACAGAGUAAAGCAUGGGAGUGACGCUGGAGUUUAUGACACGGAAGGACGCUACGUACCAGCAAAUCUUGAACACAUGUUUAGCAAGUAUGCUCGCACAGUGCCUGACAAGCUCACAAUUGGAGAGCUCUGGGAAAUGACUGAGGGAAACCGAAAUGCAUUUGACCCAUAUGGCUGGCUUACAUCUAAAAUGGAAUGGGGGUAUCUAUAUCUUCUUGCUAGAGACAGUGAAGGUUUCCUUUCUAAAGAAGCAGUUAGGCGCUGCUAUGAUGGGAGUUUAUUUGAAUAUUGUGCUAAAAUACAGGCAGAGAUUGGCAAACUCAUGUCAUCUGACGUGAAAAUCUGGGAACAUUAG